AUGCCAUUAGAACCCGAAUCUGAACUGUUCGACCUAGUUGGUGUGAUUCGAGCAUGGGCCAUUAAUUCCUUCGUGGAGUCCGCGGAUAGCAAGACUCGAAAACAAGUUUGUAUCACUGGUAAAGGUGUUGGAAAUUUGGGAGUGGAAAUUGUCUGGGAUGAUAUUGUCAGUUGGAGUGAGCCUCCAAACUACGAAGACAAGAAAUCAUUUCAACUUCCGAAAUGUCACGCUCUUUUUUCAACUGCAUAUAGGAAUGGAACCGAUGGGGUACAGGAAUAUAAUUUCCGAACUGAUCGAUCAACGCGAUCAACCGCUGAGAUUGAGAUAACCAAAGGAUUUAAUGCCCACAAGGAGAUUGGGGUAAAAUUGCAGCUGCCAGAGCAAAUCCUGGAAGCAAGUGCUGGCUUUUCACAAGAAAUUUCUCUUUCGAAAGCCACUCGACAAAGUGUUGACGAAGAAAUGUCCUGGGGGGUAGACACCCGUGUUGAAGUCCAACCACAAUCAACCGCCAAUGUGCAGGUGAAUGUGAUUGAACAUCAAAUGACCUGUCGGUUUAGUGUGAACACUCGUCUUCGUGGUCGCAUUCGAGCUGUUUGCGUAGAUAGAAGAAAGAACAAUGCCUUCCUAAUGAGUAUUGAAAAUGAUUUAGGUGACGUUGUUAAAGCUCACCUGGACAAAAUUCGAGCUCCCACAGCCCAGAAACCCACCAACGUCAAGGUUGAGGGCAGCUCCACACCGAAAACGGUGAUCAUAACAACUGAGGGCAAAUGUGCCUUCCGUUUUGGUGUCAAACAAGAGGUGGAGGUGACCCAAGUGCGAGCACCUUAUCCAAAAUAA